AUGGGUUCACAACGCACAAACCCAAACGGAUGUCACAACUGUCGGCAAAAACGACUCCGCUGUGACGGGUCCGUUCCCUCUUGUCGCAAGUGCAUAUCGUUGGGCAAAGAAUGUCUUGGAUAUGGUAACCUGUGGAGAUGGACGGAUUCUGUAGCAAGCCGUGGCAAGUUGGCUGGCAAAAAGAUGCCUUUACCUAAAGACACCUUGGAUCAUCGUAUAGAAAGCCAGUCGAAACCGGAUGCAACCAGCCUUACUGUAACCACUGCCAAUCAAAAUAUGAGCAGUGGUUCUUCCCGGGAUCUGGAUCUUAGUGGUAGUUUACAACUUUGUGGUAACUUAACGGAUCCUUUGUUCAGCGAUAUGAGCUCAACUGAUCAUUAUUAUUUAUCGUAUUUUGCGAAUGGACUUUGCCCUCAGCUUGUAGCAAUAGACCUACCUGGGCACAAUCCGUUCCCGAGAUUAUUACCCAUGGGAUUCUGCAGCCCCGUCCUACAAUACACCAUGAUCACUGCCGCAGCUCUGCAUAUGUCGAAUGUUCUAAGACCAAACACGGACAAGUGGCCGGUGACACCAAAUCACGUCAAUAACAACUGGGAUCCAUCUCGAAGAGCUAUGCUCGAUGCGUUGGCGGCUAAACAAAAAGCCCUUUAUCUUCUUCGCAUGGCAUUUCAGGACCUGGAGACCCAGGGACGCGAUAUGGUAUUGACAGCUGCUAUGCUUCUCGUCACCGCUGAUAUGAUCGACUCGGGGAAACAUGGAUCCAAGGCACAUCUCGACGGAAUCGGCUGGUUGCUAAGCUAUGCUCAGCCGGCUACUAGCGUGGGCGAGAUGCUCAAGGACUUUGUUAUAUCGGAUUGCUACAUCUUCUAUGUGUUUGCUUUGACCUUCAUGGACCAGAUUCCGCAGUCUUCUCUUGCACUCAACACAACAAUCGCAUCAUCUGCUAUCCAUUAUGCCGCCCGCAACAGUUUCAUUUGCUGCCCUGCUGAAAUCCUUCAGAUUCUUUGGUCUACUGCAAUAAUCUUGCAAAGGCAGACAGCCAAUAGCCAUGAUAGGGAGGGCGCGGCCGCGAAAGGCUUCGAACUAUUCAUGGAAGCCAUGACAUUCAACGUCGAAACGUGGUCUCGGGAUAUCCAGCAAGUUCCUCUUGGUCGUCAGGUCACUGAUAUCUCAAGCCGGAUACACACAGGAUAUACACAUCAGAUGGCAUGUUGUCUAUACAUCAUAUACGCCAUUCCUUCUGUGAGGAGCUUUCUGCCAGAAAACACCGAACUGGAUCUCGAGCACGGGCUCAUCUUACAUCUCCGCUAUAUCACUGACGAGGAUCCCAACUUCAAGACAUCCUUUUGGCCAACGUUCAUUGCUGGAGCUCAGUCGAGUGAUCCUGGUCAGCAAGCGUGGAUUAUGGAUAGAAUGAGGAGACAGUCACGUCUGUUUCCAUGGGGUUUUCUGUAUACCGCAAUGGAAACACUUGAGCUUAUCUGGAGGGAACGGGCCAAAGCUCCGGAAGGGCUGAACUGGUUGGAGAUUCUGAGAAGUCCCGAGGUGAGUUUUCUGAUUGUGUAG